GCGCUGUGGCACGAAAUGCCGGGCGUGGCGACAGAGAAUGUUGUGGGCAUGCGUGAUGGUGGCCCCAAAUGGCGGCCGCCUGGAUCCAGCCCCGGAGGACUCGAAUUUGCUGCCAUGUCCUCUGAAGAAGGGAAGCUCUUUGUGGGAGGGCUCAACUUUAACACCGAUGAGCAGGCGUUGGAAGACCACUUCAGCAGCUUCGGACCUAUUUCUGAGGUGGUCGUUGUGAAGGACCGGGAGACUCAGCGAUCCCGGGGUUUUGGCUUCAUCACUUUCACCAACCCAGAGCAUGCCUCAGAUGCCAUGAGAGCCAUGAAUGGAGAGUCCCUGGAUGGUCGCCAGAUCCGUGUGGACCAUGCUGGCAAGUCUGCCCGGGGAACCAGAGGAGGUGGCUUUGGGUCCUAUGGGCGUGGUCGCAGCUACUCUAGAGGUGGUGGGGACCAGGGUUAUGGGAGUGGCAGGUAUGACAGUCGACCUGGAGGAUAUGGAUAUGGAUAUGGAUAUGGACGGUCCAGAGACUAUGGUGGCAGCCAGGGUGGUUAUGACCGCUACUCAGGAGGAAAUUACAGAGACAAUUAUGACAACUGAGAUGAGACAUGCACACAUAAUAUAGACACAAGGAAUAACACUUCUGAUCCAGGAUCGCCCUUCCAGAUGGCUGUAUUUAUAAAGAUUUUUGGAGCUGCACUGAAACAUCUGUUUUAAUACACCAACUUCUAUUUUUGAAUUGCUCUCCCAAGGUAGCUUGUUAAAGACCUUUUAGAAAGCUCUGUGUAUUUUUUAAGAUAUUUUUUUCUCCCAUUUAAAGGCAAAUUCUGAGACAUUUGUAAAGUCUGGGUAUUUUUUCUUUUACCAGUUUUUUGUUUGAGCUCUCAGGAUUAUUGGUUCUGGCAAACUUAGCCAGACUGGCUUUUCUUUUAAUUAGUGAUUAUCUAGGAUAUUUUGUUUUUUAGGGACAUUUUAAAAACAAAAAACACAUAUACAAUGUUUAUUGUGGUUAGAAAACAGUUUCUAAAUGUACCUGAGAGAAAUCUGUAUUGGGAACAUGAUUGCCUGGGGUUUUUUUUUUUAACUGAAGUUAACCAACCUUAUAUAGAAGAGCUUCUUAAAAAUGUUUGUAAAUGUUAUUUUUUAAAAAAUACUGGAAGAAAAAAUAUUCUGUUGUGUCUCACGUAUUUAGGUUAUCAUUCAUUAAGCUGAUUAAAAAGAUGAAACUUUAAAA